AUGACGUCGAACGGUAAUGAGACUACGUCGGUAAUUAAUGAUAAUAGAAUGACUGUCGUUGAAGAUAUGGAUUUAGAGACUUUAGAUGAACAAACUGCUAUAGACACUCAUCACCAUCAUCAAAAUGAAGAGGUAGAUGAUGGUGACAAUAGUAGUGGAUGUGCAUGUGCAUACUGUGGGAUUGAUUCACCAACAUGUGUGGUGAAGUGCAACCAAUGUAAUAAAUGGUUUUGUAAUGCAAAAAAUGGUGCUAACAGUUCUCAUAUUGUUAAUCAUUUAGUUUUAGCUCAUCAUAACGUUGUUUCAUUACACCCAGAUUCGGAUCUUGGUGAUACUGUAUUGGAAUGUUAUAAUUGUGGUAGAAAAAAUGUUUUCUUAUUAGGUUUUGUAUCUGCAAAGAGUGAAGCUGUUGUGGUAUUAUUAUGUAGAACACCUUGUGCUCAAACUAAAAAUGCUAAUUGGGAUACUGAUCAAUGGCAACCAUUAAUUGAAGAGAGACAAUUUUUAUCCUGGGUCGCUGAAGAACCUUCCAAUGAGGAAAAAUUGAAAGCAAAAUUGAUUACACCAAGUCAAAUUUCUAAAUUAGAAGCUAAAUGGAGAUCUAAUAAAGAUGCAACAAUUAAUGAUAUUGAUGCUCCUGAAGAACAAGAAGAUAUUCCUCCUUUACUAUUAAGAUAUGAAGAUGCUUAUGAAUAUCAAAGAUCUUAUGGUCCAUUGAUUAAAUUGGAAGCAGAUUAUGAUAAACAAUUAAAAGAAUCUCAAGCAUUAGAACAUAUAUCUGUAUCUUGGUCAUUAGCUUUGAACAAUAGACAUCUUGCAUCAUUCUCUUUAUCUACUUUCGAAUCAAAUGAAUUGAAAGUUGCAGUGGGUGAUGAAAUGAUUCUUUGGUAUUCAGGUUUACAACAUCCAGAUUGGGAAGGUCGUGGUUAUAUUGUUAGAUUACCAAAUAGUUAUCAAGAUACUUUCACAUUAGAAUUAAAACCAAGUAAGACUCCACCACCGACACAGUUAACUACAGGUUUCACAGCAGAAUUUAUUUGGAAAGGUACCUCUUAUGAUAGAAUGCAAGAUACUUUGAAAAAAUUUGCCGUUGAUAAAAAAUCUAUCUCUGGUUAUUUGUAUUAUAAGAUUUUAGGUCAUGAUGUUGUAGAUAUUUCAUUUGAUGUUCCUUUACCUAAAGAUAUGUCAAUUCCUCAUUUUACAAAAUUAAAUGCUUCACAAUCAAAUGCUGUGAAGAGUGUCCUUCAAAAACCGUUAUCAUUGAUUCAAGGUCCACCCGGUACUGGUAAGACCGUCACCUCAGCAAGUAUUGUGUACCAUCUAUCCAAGAUUCAUAGGGAUAGAAUCCUUGUAUGUGCACCAUCAAAUGUUGCUGUUGAUCAUUUGGCAGCUAAGUUAAGAAAUUUAGGUUUAAAAGUAGUUAGAUUAACUGCUAAAAGUAGAGAAGAUGUAGAGAGUUCCGUUUCGACUUUAGCUUUACAUAACAUUGUCGCUAGAAGUGCCCAAGGUGAAUUGAAAAAAUUAUUGAAAUUAAAGGAUGAAGUUGGUGAACUAUCAGCAUCUGAUACAAGAAGAUUUGUUAAAUUAGUAAGAAAGACUGAAUCUGAAAUUUUAUCUAAGGCAGAUGUAGUCUGCUGUACAUGUGUUGGUGCAGGUGAUAAAAGAUUAGAUACAAAAUUUAGAACAGUAUUAAUUGAUGAAAGUACUCAAGCUUCAGAACCUGAAUGUUUGAUUCCAAUCGUAAAAGGUGCUAAACAAGUCAUAUUAGUAGGUGACCAUCAACAAUUAGGACCUGUCAUAUUAGAAAGGAAAGCAGCUGAUGCUGGUUUGAAACAAUCUUUGUUUGAAAGAUUAAUCUCUUUGGGCCAUGUUCCAAUUAGAUUGGAAGUUCAAUAUCGUAUGAAUCCAAAUUUAAGUGAAUUCCCAAGUAAUAUGUUCUACGAAGGUAGUCUACAAAAUGGUGUCACCGUUGAGGAAAGAACUGUCCCAAAUAGUACAUUUCCAUGGCCAAUUCGUUCUGUACCAAUGAUGUUUUGGGCUAAUUAUGGUAGAGAAGAAAUAUCAGCCAAUGGUACAUCUUAUUUAAAUAGGAUUGAAGCAAUGAAUUGUGAAAGAAUCAUUACAAGAUUAUUUAGAGAUGGUGUUAAACCAGAACAAAUUGGUAUUAUUACGCCAUAUGAAGGUCAAAGAGCAUAUAUUCUACAAUACAUGCAAAUGAAUGGUGCAUUAGAUAAAGAAUUAUACAUACAAGUGGAAGUUGCAUCUGUUGAUGCUUUCCAAGGUCGUGAAAAGGAUUAUAUCAUCUUAUCUUGUGUUCGUGCUAACGAACAACAAGCUAUUGGGUUUUUACGUGAUCCACGUCGUUUGAAUGUUGGUUUGACAAGAGCAAAAUAUGGUUUAGUUAUCUUAGGUAAUCCACGUUCUUUAUCCAAGAAUUUAUUAUGGAAUCAUUUAUUGAUACAUUUUAGAGAAAAAGGUUGUUUAGUGGAAGGUACAUUAGACAACUUACAAAUAUGUACUGUUCAAUUAACCAAACAUCAACCAAGAAAAAAACAAUCGUAUAAUGGUGCUGAUUUCCAAUUCAAUAUGGGUAUGAUUCAAGACAGUCAAGAAUUCCCAUCUGGUGACAAUUUUGAUUCUCAAAGUUUGAUGUCCUUUGGUGGACCAGCAAUGUCCAAUGCGUAUGAUAAUGCUUUUACUCAAAAUAAUGAUUUUUCCUCUUAUUUGAAUAAUGGAUAUUGGGAUUUUGAUAAUUACAAACAAAAUCCAGUCCCAGAGAGUGAUGAAAAUAGUAAUAUUUAUAAAAGUGAGAAACAACCAUUAAAUGCUAAUUUUGCAAAAGAAUUAGAAGAACAACAAGAUAUUGAUAGUAAACAGGAGUCAUACCUGAGUAACAGAUUGAACUCCUUAAAUAUUUGA